AUGGGCCUCCCAACCAUCGCUGUUCUCUUCCUCACCACCUCCCUCCUAGCCCGCACCCUCUACCGGCUAUAUAUCCACCCCCUCGCCCGCGUGCCCGGCCCAAAACUCGCCGCAGCCACAUCCCUCUGGCUCGCCUACCACACCUACAUCGGGGACGAAUGCAGCACGCUCUUCGCGUUACACAAGAAAUACGGGCCCGUCCUCCGCAUCGCCCCCAACGACAUCGACAUCGCCUCCGGCGACGCAAUCGAGCCCAUCUACCUGGCCCGCGGCGGGUUCCCCAAGACCCCCGUGUACAGCAAGUUCGACAUAGACGGGCACAGCACGAUCUUCUCGAGUCUAAAUCUGCCCGAGCGCGCAAGCAGAGCAAAGGCCGUGGCGCCACUGUUCUCGACGGCGAGUAUCCGCAAUGCACGGGGGACUUUGCUAGGUGUCGUUGAUGAUUUCGUGGAGAGGGUGCGUCGGGAUGCGAUUGCGAGCUUGAACUCCAACGACGGCAACGGCAACGGCAAGCCGGUUAAUGUCCUUGCGCUGGGAAGGGCUAUGGCGAUUGAUGCUGUGAGCGCGUACCUGUUCCAGGAGCGGUAUGGGGCUCUCAAGGAGAGCGAGGAGGUGAUGUCUGCGUCGCCGUUCGUGGAUGCAUAUGUGGGUGUUGGCGCAUUCUUCAACUUCGAUUCCCUGGGCAGGGCAGGCGAGAUCCUGGUCAGUCUUUUCGAGUACUUUACGCAGCCUGCGGGGACAGCGAAGUCCUUCACGACUAUCGACGACUACACGAGUCGACUGAUCAGACAGGCAGUGCCCAAGAGUGGCAGCUACCAAAGUCGUCUUCUAGAACGGGUCUCGUCCGCUCAGUCCCAGGUUGAGGUUAAGGAUGUUUGCUUUGCGGGGACGGACUCGACGGGCAUGAAUACCGCUACGAUCAUCUGGUAUUUGGUCAAGUGUCCUGAAAUAUAUGACCGCCUCCGCACAGCCCUGCAAACAGCUUCCCCAGACACAGACCCCCUCUCAACACCGUACCUUCGCGCCGUAGUCCGCGAAGGCCUGCGCCUCUCCUGGGCGAACCCAAUCCGCCUCCCUCGCGCCGUACCAACCGGCGGCUGGAAAUACAAGUCGUACUUCUUCCCACCCGGAACAAGCGUCGGUGUCUCAGCAUGGCAAUUGCACCAGGACGAGACCGUGUUCCCCGACCCGCUAUCCUUCAAGCCCGAGCGGUGGCUGGAGCCUAAUGUGACGGAGGAAAUGCUGAACAAUUGGUUCGCGUUCGGGAAAGGGACGAGGGCGUGCAUUGCGCAGAAUCUGGGGCUUGCUGAGGUGACGAUGGCGACGUGGAAGGUUGCGGAGAGUGGGGUGCUACAGGGGGCGAAGGUUGUCGACAGUGAGAUUGGGAUUCUGGAGUGGUUUAAUUCUAGGGUUAAGGGGGAGGAGAUUCUGAUAAAGUGGGUUGAUGCUGGGUUUAGAUGA